AUGAACAUUGUAAUAAUGAAUGGAUAAACCAAUUUCUCAAAAGAAAUGGAGGCUCUGUGGAACUGCUUUUCAUAAUAUAUGACAGCCCCUGGAUUAAUAACAUGGAUGUUUUUCAAUGGCCUUUAGGAGUAGCAACAUACAGGAAUUUUCCUGUGAUGGAGGCGAAUUGGUCAAUGCUGCAUAUGAAAGGCCAUACUUGUGUAGUAUCGUAGGAACCAUUUAUGAAAAUUCAUCCAGACAAGCACUAAUGAACAUUUUGAAACAAGAUGGGAAUGAUAAGCUUUGUUGGGUUUCAGCAACAGAACAGUGGCAGCCUCAAGAAACAAAUGAAAGCCUUAAGAAUUAUCAAGAUGCUCUGCUUCAGAGUGAUCUCACAUUGCGCCCAGCAGGAGGAAACACGGAGUGUUACAGAAUAUAUAAGGCUUGCUCCUAUGGCUCCGUUCCCGUGGUAGAAGACAUAAUGACAGCUGGCAGCUGUGGAAAUUCAUCUGUUUACCAUAAUCCUCCUCUGCAGUUACUCAAGUCCAUGAAUGCUCCCUUUAUCUUUAUUAAGAACUGGAAGGAACUUCCUAUUUUAGAAAAAGAGAAAACUAUAAUUUUACAAGAAAAGAUUCAAAGAAGAAAAAGGUUACUUCACUGGUAUCAAUACUUCAAAGCAGAGCUAAAAGUGAGAUUUAUUAAUAUUGUGGAAAGUUCAUUUUUAAAGAAU